CACCCAAUCCCACAUCACGACCAGGCUCGUCACUGAGCGGUCCAGUGAGAUUUACUUGAGCUUCAUCUCAUACCUGUCCUCUUCGGAGAUACAACCUUGCUGCCUGAUUUAUCCAGACAUUAAUUUUCACUCAUUACUAGUCAAAUCUUCUGAUUUUACCAGGACCGCAGCGAAGCACCCUACACUUCAUCGCGGCGAACCAGGCCGCCACCACGCGGGACAUCCAAAGCGACGUCACAUUGUCCAAAGCAACAGCAUCAACAUCAACACUCACACCUCUAAUCCAUAACUCACAUCACCGACCAACAAAAAUGCAUCUCUCACUUCCUCUCGCCAUAAGCAUGGCAUGCCUCGCCGCCGCCGCCGCCGCCACCACAUCCAAACCCCCCUCCAAAGACGCAAUCCUCCUCUCCAAAGUCCAAUCCCUCACCCUCCGCGGCGCCGGCGCAACAACAACCCACCGCCGCGUCCCCGCCGCGCCCCAGCUCAAAUGCCUCUCCCACCGCGCCCUCUGCAACCUCCACGCCAUCGACGUCAUGCGCUGCACAAACAACGGCGCCGGCUACGGCCCCGAAGACAUCCAGUGGUCCUGCGUCACCUCGCUGCCCGAGGAGCUCAAGCUCGGGUCCACCGACGUCGUGUGCGAAGGCUAUGGCCACCCCGAUGACCCGUACGUCCUCCGCGGCAGCUGUGGUGUCGAGUACCGUCUCGCUCUCACGGACAAGGGCGAGAGGCGGUAUCCGAACCUCGGCAAGGGACGCGGCGGCGGCGGCGGCGGCGGUGGUAAGAGUGGUCGAGAUGACGAUGAGACGGAUUGGGGUGCCUAUCUCUUCGCCUUCAUCUUCUUCUCCGUCUUGGCUUGGAUCCUCUACUCGGCGUGCGUGGCGGGCACUCAGAAUCGAAGGACUGGCGGAACCGGUCGGCGCCGUGGAGGAGGCGGCGGUGGUGGGCCCGGAGGUGGCGGCGGAGGCGGAUGGAACCCCGGCUUCGGACAAGACGACGAUCCUCCCCCGCCGUACCCAGGCACCAAAUCAUCCAGCUCGAGCGACCAGCAAGGAUGGCGCCCUGGCUUCUGGACUGGCGCGGGGGCCGGCGGUGCCGCGGGCUACGGCGCAGGUUACUACCAAGGCAGAAACAGCGCGCGGAACCAGCAAAACUACGGCUCGGGAUGGGGCGGUGACACGACCAGCGGUUCGAGUUCGUAUGGGGCUGGCCCGUCGAGGUCAACCAGCUCCUCAUCAAGCUCGGCUCGUCACGAAAGCACGGGAUUCGGGUCCACCAGCAGGAGAUAG